UUACACCAUUUGGAGUAUCACAAAAGUAGAAACUAACUAAUUUUAGCAUUAUGGAAAUCAUUAUCCUCUCUAAGGAAAUAGUGAAACCAUCCAAACCAACACCUCCAAACCUAACAAAACACAAACAAUCCCUUUUUGAUCAACUAGCAUGUGAAAUAUGCAUCACACCUAUCUUCUUCUACAAAAACAACAACCCGCUUUCAGAAAUAAAUAAUGCAGAUAUUACUGGCAGUCGUCUCAAGAAUUGCCUCUCGGAAACCCUAACACUGUUCCAUCCGCUUGCUGGCGAGCUCAGUUCAGAAGAUUCAGCUUUUGUGGAUUGUAAUGAUAAGGGAGUUCUUUACGUGGAGGCUCGCGUAAAGGGUGUUAGUCUAGAUGAGUUUCUUAGAAACCUUGAUCUAUCACAACUCAUUAACUUCCUUCCGCAAAAUGGUAGCAUGGGUAGCAAGAUGAACAUAUAUGUUCAAACUCUUGAAACCCUAGUUUCUAUACAAGUUACUAGGUUUGAUUGUGGUGGGGUUGCAAUUGGUGGAGUCUUGUUUCAUAAACUCUUAGAUGGAGCUACCAUGAACAAGUUUUUCAACACAUGGGCUAAGAUUGCACGUGGCGAUGAUGAUGAUGGGAUUGAAAAGAUCGCGAGUACUCUUGAUUUCACAUCAUCAUCGCGACUGUUCCCACCUCAAACUCAUCUUCCUCAGGAGUUUGUGGAGAUGAAAAAAGAGAUAUUUUUCUACGAGGGAAAGUCCCUCGUUAGAAGAUUCGUGUUCAAUGCCAAAGCAAUUGAAGACAUUAAGAUGAAAGUGUCUAGUGAAAGUGUACCUCAUCCAACUCGAGUCGAGGCACUAACAACUUUCAUAUGGAAGCACAUGAUCUUAGCAACAAGAAGAGCAAAGGGACAUAGCUCAAGGCCAUUCAUGGUGUCACAUCUUGUGAACUUGAGAUCAAGGAUUGACCCAAAAUUGCCUAAUGCUUUUGGGAAUUUGGUGUUUGUAGCAAAUAGUGAAGUCCUACAAAUGAGUGAUGAUGAAGUGGAAUUGCCUCACUUGUUGGGAAUAGUGAGAGAGAUGUUUGAGAAUAUGAAUAGUGAAAACUUGAAGGCAUUGGAAGGUGAUGAUGCUUUUGAUUGUAUUGUGGAUAUGAUAACACAAGUUGGGAGCUUGAUGUCACAAUUAGAUACUUAUAAGUUCUCAAGUUGGUGUAAUUUUAGACUUUAUGAUGUUGAUUUUGGAUGGGGAAAACCUAAUUUUGUUGCUCCAUUUAUUGACACUAUUAGCUCAUUGAAUAAGCAACAAAUUAUUCUUGUGGAAAAUGGAAAGAAUGAUGGAAUUGAGGCUUGGAUACUUAGAAGCAAUGAUGAAAUGGUUGAGUUGGAGAACGAUGAGGAAUUCCUAGCAUUUUCAAUAUAUUUCCAACCAAUUUCAUACAUCAGAAACGUCCGUCAAACAUUUUGUUUUUAAUAGUGUGUUAGCAUUAAAGGUCUUUUGGUUUACGAACUAGUUAUGCUGAGGUUAUUUAUACUGUCAAUAAUAAUGUAGGGGUGUAAUGUGUAGGGAGGUCUUACUUUAGUGGUCGUAUUCACUAUAUAUAUUUUUAUUUCUAAUUCUGUUUUGAAUAAAAUUAUAUAUAAAGAUUCGCGCAUAACUUAUAUUAGUAUUAGUUACAUAUUGACAUUAGUUAGUAAGCAAUCGAGUGUUGUUCUAUUACUUCAAUAAUAGCUACAUGUUAUUCAGGACCCUUAACACAAAUAGACGCAUCAGAAGUUUGUAACACUCCUACGCAUUUUACAACGUAUAAUAAACCAUACUAAAUAUAUCGAUAGUGUAAAAAUGAAAUAAUGCGCUUCAUUUAUUAUUUAAUAAUCCUACAAGCACUUUGAAGGAUUGCAAUAUUUAACAUCAAAAUUUGUAGAACAUACACUUUUUCGCCCGGGGAAG